UGCUUCUUCAAGACUGUCUAUUAGAUAUAUUUUUUUCUUCUUUGUUACAGAGUUUUAAAAUGGUUCAGCGUCUGACAUACCGCCGUAGGUUGUCCUACAACACCACCUCCAACAAGAAAAGACUCUCCCGGACACCUGGAAACCGCAUUGUGUUCUUGUACACCAAGAAAGUGGGCAAGGCACCAAAGUCGGCAUGUGGAAUCUGUCCUGGAAGACUGCGUGGUAUUCGGGCUGUUCGACCCAAGGUCCUCAUGAGAUUGUCGAAGACCAAGAAACACGUCAGUAGAGCCUAUGGUGGUUCUAUGUGUGCCAAGUGUGUACGUGACAGAAUUAAGCGUGCAUUCCUUAUUGAGGAACAGAAGAUAGUGGUGAAGGUGCUGAAGGCACAAGCACAGAGCCAGAAGUCAAAGUGAAUCAUCUAAUUUUGUAUGGAUAUGAAAGUAAAAAAUUAAUUGGAA